GUUUUAGAAAGUUGACGCGCGAAAGGAGAAAAAAAUUACCGCUACAUGACACCCUAUACCUGUUUCUUUCACUCUAGUCAGAAAUGCAUUCUCCAUCACUGUCGUGCGCGUAGCUCCGGCUCAAUCGUUUUGGAUUGAGCGAGUCAGUCGAAUAAGAACUUAGAGCGCGCGCGUUGUCAUAAUAAGUUCCAAUUUCGAAAAUUAAAAACAAAAUUUCUAGGCACAAGAACUUUUUUAAAACAAUCUUUUUUUGUCGAAUAGUUUACAUCUUACAGCCUUCUGGAUAAACUUUUAAGUGAAACGUGUUCCUUUUAUCUCGCAAGCAGUGUUAAAAUGUGAAAGUUCUUCAAGAAAACAGUGACGGAUAUACACAUAUACGUAGAUUUUCUGCUACACACUAUCCUACUUUUUUAGUGCAACAGCUGUUCAGCCAAAUAAAUUGGCCUAACUGGUAGAAAAUAACAACCCGCCAAUGUGACCUCAAGACCCGGAUGCCAUAUCGUUGAAUCAAUAUUUAUAAAAAAUAAAAUAAACACUCAAGUGAUGUGACGCAAACGAGUGAUGUGAUUUACAAACGCACGGAUGGACAAGAGUGAAUUCUCUAGUGAAAAACAAGAUGGCCGACGGUGGCACGAAAUGGCGGACGAAGUGCCGCUUAGGAGCGGUGCUGUUCGCGAUAUUAAUACAAGUUGUGAAUGGUUACGAAGAGAUGUACACAAUAUCACACUUAUCACCAAAAUCAACAGCUCAGCAACUACCAGAAGACGUUAUUUUACAAACAAGCCAAGCGGAAAGUGUAGCUUUUAGAAUAGAAUCGAGUGUAGCAUUAGACGACGCAGAUUUAGUACCUGAAGAUAUCAUAACUGAUGAUGAACAAGAAAACCUUGUGAGAAUCGCAAGAUCCGCCGAUCCUAACGAAAGAGAAUCACGCUCAAUACAUUUUGAAGAUAAUAAUAUUCCGUUAGCAAACAACGAAAUAGAUAACCACAUAGAAUUGCACAACAAGAGGAAAUACUAUGAAAUAAGACCGACAAAGAGUUUGAAUUAUUUCCAUAAAAGUGAUGAUGAGAUCGUUAUGUCUUCUGACGGUUUUGGUGAUAGACUCGAAUUCAGGUUUCCGGGGGAAGGGAAAAGGGUCCCGAUAGCGCGUGCACUGACGCUACCGGGGCCCAGAAUUCGGCCUACUGCAGUGCAGCCGAUUUUUGCGACGUCCAACCUUAACCACCAGGGUAGACAGAACAGCGAAAUACAAAACAUCAUCACUGGCAUUGUGAAACUCUUGAAUGGAAAUGUGAACGUGCAAGCCAAUACUCAACUUAUGAAUGGCCGACCAGGUCGCCCUAUGGCAUCCAGAAUAAACAAUCGAGGCCCUCCGAGGAUCUCUGAUCUUCCACCAUUACCCGAGUUCGAUCCACCAGUGACGCCUCCCGUUCAUGCUUAUCACCCAACCAAAACGCCUCCACCAUAUCCCUUCGAUCGACCACCUCAUCAUGGUGUCAAUUUACCUGAACAAAUUGUACCACCACUGACUCACAGACCAGGGUUUCACAGACCGAUGCCUCCUUGGCAGAGGCCUAGACCCCGGCCACCAAAUAGAAGGCCUAACCCUGGUCUUCCUAUGUAUAAGCCUGCCCUUCCACCUCUCCCUCAUGAUCUUCCAGAUUUAGAAGACAAGAAACCUGAGGAAGAACAGACUGUAAGUGAGAAUGAAACUAGUCAUUCCGAAAAUACCAUACAUCACGAACAAGAAAAUAAUGUACCGACUGUAGCUCUCCCAGGAGGUAAUAGCACUGAAGAGGAAGAAGAUGAAGAUGAAGAUGACGAGGAAGUAACUACAGCCGCUGAGACUACCUCUACUUCAACGACAACUUCUACAAGUACAACUAGCACAACUACAUCAACAACGACCACUGAAGCAACAACUACUUCAACGAGCACAACAACAGAAAAACUUACAGAGAAAUCAUCGACAACUACUGAACAACCAACCACAAGUGAAGCUACAACUGAAAAACCUACAACUAGUGAGAAACCGAAAACAGAUAAGCCAUCCAAACUAGAAAAAGACAAGAAAAAAGAUUCAGGCACGGAAAAAGAGAAAGUCAACAAAGACAAAUACAAGAUUAUUAACGAAAAACCGGUAAAUAAUACUGUCAAAGAAGAAACACUAGUGGUUAUCCCAAUCGAAUCAUCGUUGUCGGAGCCUAAAACUACACCAACAGUUACGUUUGCUGAACCGACGCCGACAGAUGGCCUAUUGACUCAUUCUACUACUGUUAGUGAUCCGUUAAGCUCGAUUGAAGUGAUUAAAACCUCAUCGAUCAACCCCGAAACAUUGCCUUCUUCUCAAGUCAACCCUCACCAUCCAUAUCGCCCUCGUCCCGGCAUUGUUCUUGAUGAUACCGAUUUCAAACCUCACGGUACCCGGUACAGACCCUCAGAAGUUGCCGUCAUUACAGCACCGGAGACCAGACUACCAGGGUAUGGCGAGAUCUUUGACGUGACCGUCUCUGCUAUCCAAGGCCCUGGAGGAAAAGGGGCAUCAGUUCACAUCGGGAACGUCAAUCCGGUGUCCGGGCACUCUGAUCACGACGACAUUAUAGUCACAGCGUCUGGUGACCAAGGCUUCGUGUCCAUUGACGGCAAGAGGACCUACUUGAACCUCUUCGACAGUUCUACUGUUGCUGAGGUCAGCAUCAGACCGACGCAUGUGCAGAAGCCACCGCAGGCUUCAGUUCCACCGCUACCAACACGUCCGCACGAGCCGACACUCGGCACCGGAGUGGCGAUCCCCACAGAUGAGUUCCCCCACUCCCCCACGCCACCGGUACGCCGCCCGCAACCCCAUCACCCGCCGGGCCAUAGUCGGCCGCAGCAGCCGUAUAGAAGACCGCAUCCUACAAUAAGGAUCGAUACAUGCAUCGUUGGAGAUGAUUCAACGUGUGACCAAGCACAGAACGAAAAGUGUAGAACUGAAGCGGGAAUAUCAAGCUGUCAGUGCAGACCAGGUUAUGCUAGAAGGACUCACAGAGAUCCUUGCAGGCGAGUGGUCUCUCUACUUCUGAAUCUAAGAGUGGAUAGACUCUAUGAUAGAAAGGUGGCCUGGGAUGCGAAAUUAUCAGACAAAGAAUCAGAUCCUUAUCAGCAACUCAGUUUUGAAGCGAUUAGGGCUAUCGACUCUGCGUUCUCCAUGACCCCAUUCUCUGAUGACUUCGUGAGUGCAACAGUUAACACCAUACACCGAGGCGACGAGAGCAAUCAAGGCGUGUUUGUCAACUAUACAGUGCUGAUGCAAGAAACUCCAGAGACUCUACGAACAGCGGUAGCAUCAGACAUCCAGAAACACAUUCUGGGAGUGAUACGACGUCGUUCGAACAAUGUUGGAGCUUCAGCUUUGUAUGUGGAUACUCCGGCAGGAAGUGUACUGCCUUUGAGAGAUUUGGACGAAUGCUCUUCGCCAGAACUCAACGACUGUCACCAGUUAGCUACAUGCAUCAACAGCUUUGGUGGAUUCAGGUGUACAUGUCCAGAUACCACUUUGGACGAGUCCAGUUCUCCAAGUACUGCCGGAAGAUCGUGUAAGGCGUGCCCAUCAGCACAUUGCAACGAGAGAGGAAUGUGCAAAUAUUCCAAUGGACAACCUUACUGCAGCUGCAAGUCCGGCUACUACGGGUCGACUUGCGAAGUGGACGGCGAAGUUGUAGGAGUCGCUGUAGGUGCUUCCCUCGCCGCUGCGCUCGUCAUUGCGCUCACUCUCGCCGCGCUAUUGUCCUGGAGCCGCAAAUGGUCUCGGGAGCAGAAAGCCAUUGGCAUGGGAUCACCGGUGUUCAACUACAUGGCUGCCAACACAAUAAAAACGCCACCUGUCGGUCAGCCGCCGUACCAAGUAACACUGGAAGAGAGGAUGAGAUGGGCGCAAAUAGCUGAGGCAAUGGCGCAAGCGCAAGCAAACCACUACGCUCAACCCGACACUCAAACGAUGGCAACUCGGCCGUCAUCGGCAAUGUUCGGAGGUUACCCCACCCUCCCUCCCGUACCACUGCCCAGGUUGGGCCUGCAUCACAACGGCACCUUGAACACUGUCGCCUCCCGAGCCAACACCGCGGCAUCACACCACAAUUUGUAUGGUUAUACCAACCACAUGGCCAGUGAUUCCACAAGCUCUGAAGCGUCAAGCCACGUGCAGGACAGAGCCGAUCUACUAGUCCCCAGACCGAAAUCUAGAGCCAGAAGCAUGCAUAAUCAAACCGGAAUUUACUACGAUGUGGAUUAUGAAAACGCACCCGAAGCCAUUUAUGGGACUAAAGGAAUACCAUUGUCAACAUACACUGUUAGCAGGGGACCGCCUUUCUAUAGAACUUAAAAAUUAUGUUGAUAAGAAAAUGUAUGGCAAUUUAAAGAAACAAAAAACUAGUGUUUCUUUAAACUAAAACUGUGUAAAAGAACACUUUAUCAUUAUUAAGGAAUGUAAUUUUUAAAGUGAAUUUUUUAUUACAUCACAAUUUUUUCACAUCCACUCGAAAAAGGGAUUUCAUUCAGCGAUAACAGUGAAAAAAUUUUUCAUUUAAUUACUGAUUGAAUAAAAAAAUUAAAGUUGAACAAACAGAAGUUAUGCAAAUCAUACACAAAGUUACAAUAAUUAGUAAUAAUCAUAAUUAAUCUUUAUUGUCCUUCCAAAACACAACCAAUGGGUACGAUAAAUAUCUUAUUUAUUUUCUCACAAUAGUAAAAAAAAAAAUCCUUGUAUCCUUUGCUCCACUCAGGAUUCCUAUCUUGAAUCCUUCGUUACUACAGUAGGGAUCUAUCAUAGCACCUCAAAUUAAAUUUCUUUUAUAUUUGCACUUAUAGUAUAAUCCACUAAUUGCAUAUUAAAGUAUCAAUUUGGUAAAGCGCACUAUACUGAACAUCGCUGCCUCGAUGUCUCGCUUGUGCGACUCUCACAGACUCGCGGCCGUAUUUACCUAAACUGCAGCGGCUCAAUUUUAUAAAAGGGCCCUUAAUUUGUCCCAUUAGUAGCAGCAAGAUUAAAAUUUUCAUUCUCGGGGUCCAUUGAUUAAUAAAGACUGUUGUGUUUGAACUAAGGAAUCCACCAAAUAACGAUGAAAUAUUUAGAAGGCUGUCUUAUUUAAUUACGAUAGGACUGUUAGCAGUAGGUCUCCUUAAAGGUGGGCUUUCGUAGCGAGCGUCAGUGACGCCACGACAGAGCGUCAGAUAGAAUUUCUAUGCAAAUGUCAUUGUCAGCGUCGGCCAAAGCGGCACUGAC